AUGUCAUCCGUUGAAAUAGUUGACUUAGAUAAUGAAAUCAGCUCCAAUGAAGACGUAGAAAUAGUGACUGAGAGCACUUUAGAAAUAGUUGAAUUAGGCGAUAAGACUAAAAAUGAUUAUAUUUCUCAACAUAACAAUGUCACUAAUUUUGAUCAUCGCUCAGCUUCUAUUAACCAAAACCAAGGAUCAUCCAUCUUAAAUGGUAAAAUUACCAAUCAAUAUUGUAAUGCAACUUCCCAGUUAAAUGAUAGAACCAAUUUAUCUCAUCAAAAAGAGGUUGAUCAUACCACUCUAGUUUUGCCACUUGAUGAAUAUAAUGAUAUUACACACGAUCUUUCUUAUUCAACCAACCUUCAAAACACAGAUAACAAAAAAGCAUGUAUCACUGUUGGGCACAAGACUUAUUUGAACAAUCGCUUGAGUAAAGGUUUAUUUGGAGAUUCUAAAGCAAAAAAUAGAUUCAAUAAUGACAAUGCUAAACAAUCAGAAAUAACAAGUAUAUCUGUAAGUAGUGCCAACAUAACUAUAGGUAACGAAAAAAAUGAUAAUGAUAUCACUAUCCCAAGCAUUAGUAACGUUAACAGAUUGAAAAACAAUGUCAAUUUAUCAAUGACCUUAUCCGAAGAAAUUUCCUGUAACUUUGUAGAUGAUACCCAUCUUACAAAAGGAUCUAAUAGUUCCCAUACAGAAAUGAGUAAUUUGUCUGUUCCAUCAAGUCCUUUGCUUGAAAAUUCAAGUUUCAAUAAUAUUUUGCAAUCGCCCAAAAUUUCAGCAAAAAAUAGUUGCGCAAACUCCAGUACUCACAUCCAGAACGCUUUCAAUAACAAGCGGAAAUUGUUAGAUCUUAGUUUUGAGGACAUCAAUACUCUUUCCCGUAAUGAAAAACAAUAUUUAUCAGUUAAAAAGAAAUCGAAAAACUCAUCUGCGAUAGACAUGAUAUCAUCUGAGUGUAGCGAACUUUGUGAACUGCAAGAAAAAAAUGUUCAUAAUAAAAAAGGUUGUAUUCCUUCGUGGAGAAAAGACUAUAGUAUGGAACAACGUAAUUUAAAUUUUGGUCAUAGUGAUUCCAACUCUGACGAAAGUAUUACUAGUCCAAAUGAAAUGGAAGUAAUGAAUUUUUCAAUGCAUAAGAAACUUGCGGGGAUAAAAAAACCAACAUCUUUGAGACCUUUUACUGACUCUGCCAAAAGAAAAGUUGGAAUCUGUGAUUCUUUAAGUACAGGAAGUAGCUCUGAUGAUGAGCAUUAUAAACUAAUGAACGAAUUGAGACAUAGAAAGGAACGUGAAAAGGAGACAAAAGACUUACCGCAUAUUAGACAUACAAAUGGAAUGAACAAAAUUAAGAAAAAGCCAGACAAUGAUGUGCUACACGGUAGCUUAUCGUUUAUGAGGAACAAUGCACCAAAAGGGACAAGCCAUGAUUUUAUCAAGAGUUGUGACAAAAAAUCAACACCAUCUGGAUUUAGAAGUUCAUCAACUAGAAACAGUGACGAUGAAUAUGAUAAAGCCUUUGGUUUGUUUGACGGUAUUUCAGUCGGAAAGAAAAAUAUGACACCACCAACCUCUGCAGCUUCGAAAAAAGGGACUGAUAAAGAGUCCUUGAAAAUUGAUCUUUUAGAGAUGAGUUUACAUACCAAAAAUAAUGCUUCUAAUAUUUCUGAUGGUUUGGGAAAAGGCUGCUUUUUGGAUCACAAGGUUAAAAGAACUUUGGCUGGAGGGAUCAGUGAUGGUGGUAGCAAGUUAUUAGCUUCAGCUGAGCCACUUGCAAAUUAUAAUUUUAUUGCACAUGCUAGGGCAUAUUCGGAUGAAGAGUGUAAGAACAUAUUAGCUGGCCUUAAUCAAAAUCCCGUUUUGAGGAAAAAGUUAACGGAUGUUAACAGAGUGAAAAGGGACAAUGAAGAGAUAUUUUCAGAAAUUGUAAUGGAAUUUAAUCCGAAAGUUCUUCUAACUUUCAAGGAAAAUGAUGUUGAUUUAAGUAGUGUUGUUCCGUGUAAAGUUAGAGAACAUUACGAUACUAACAGACCAUCCAUUAAAUUUAAAAGAGCAGUUACCUCAAUAUACGAUUUAACGCAUGACAUUUUUUUCCCCUGUGCAGAAAAAGUUGUUGAAGAACAGUUUAUAAUAUUGUUUUAUGAUGCUGUUGAUUUUUUUGAACGGUAUGCCAAUGAAAAAGUUUCAAUUUUACAUGAAUUCAGAUAUCUUCAAAAAAGGUACAUGAGGGUUGUUAUUAUUUUAAAUAAAUUCAAAGCCUUCAAAAGACUUUUAAGUAAUAAUAUUAACAAAAAAUAUAUUGAAAGCGUUAGAAAUGCCUUGAGUUCUGUGGAAAAGGAGGGGUCCUCUCUGACUAAUAUGAAUAAGGAUAGAAAGAGGGGAAACCCAGGAAAAGAAGAUUUAAAUUUGGAACCUGAUGAUUUAGGUGCAAUUCUAAAUGAAUUGAUGGUUAAUUGUGGCGUACAUGUUUUCCCUACGGUCAAUCAUUUAGAUUUCAUAGAAUGGAUAAAACACAUCGUACUGAUCAUUGGUCGAUCAAGGUAUGAUCCACUAGUGAAAAACAUAGAUUACGCGCAUAUUAAUGUAAAAUCUGGACAGGACCCUAAAAACGUUCUUGAGAAAUCGUUGGAGCAAUUAAAUUUAAUAACAACAGCUAAAGCAAAGAGGGUUACAAAUCUAUAUCCAUCAUUCCAAUCCUUGUUAGAUGGUGUCUUAAAAGGGGAUUUGAAAAAUGGACCCGACGGCAAAUCUCUAAUGACUGGAAAUGCAGCUGACGCAUUAAAAGUAUUGCUCUCAUCCAAUAACCCUGACGAAAUUAUUUAUGCCCAUUAA